AUGGGAAAUAGAUUAUUUUCAUUAACUAAAAAAUCUGUAAUGGAUCCACAAAAUGUUUCAAUUAUCUCAGCAAUAUUACUUUCUAUUUUAUCAAUUAUACAUUCAGAAAAAGAACAUUUAAAACUUUUAUUACCAAAAUUAUCAAUUCUCAUUAAUUAUAUUGUCUUUUAUUAUCUUUGUAAAAUUUGUAUUAAAAAAUUAUCAGAAAUUCUCAAAGAUCCAAUGUGUCAAUCUUUUCAUUCAAAUUAUAAAAGUAUUUCAUCAUUUUCUUUUGCUACAACUUUUUUCUUUCUUGUUUUUUCUCAUUUAUUAUCAUCUUCAGAUUCAAUAGAAACAGAUAUUCGUCCUAUUAGUUAUAUUACUACAUUCCCUCAAUAUCCACCAACACCUUUAUCCCUUUAUUAUCAAAGUAUUGGACCAUUUUCAUGUAGAUUUAGUAGAUGUUGUGAAAAAUUAUUAUUUGGAAUAAAUUGUAGUUAUCAUUUUGCUAUGUAUCAUUUAUUAAUUUUAUAUGUUGUUUCUUCUAUAUUGACAUCAAAUGAUAUGUUAGAAAAUGGAAAUCAUUCUCAUCAACAAUCAUUUUAUGGUGUAUUACUUGCUUAUAUAUCUAUUUUUAUUAUAGAUUCUAUUGAAUAUUAUUGUCGUCCUUGGUUUAAUACUUGUAUGAUGGUUAAUGUUUUAUAUUUUAUGUUUUUUCAUAUUACAACUCCUUCAAAAGGAUUAGAUAUAACUUUGUGUCAUUUAAUUUCACUAGCAAAUGGUUUUUUAUCUUUUUAUAUUUAUCGGAAAUCGUUAAUUCAUUAUUAA